AUGGAUCCAGCGGUUCAACGAGCCAACUAUCAGCUGCUCUGUUUAAAGCAGGAGGACCGACCGGUAGAAGACCACAUUCGCGACUUCCUUGAGCUGGCGAACGUCUCGGACUUCCCGGACUCAGCCCAGGUGGUCUUCUUCAGCGGCAAUCUAAGUAGUUCGCUAAAGGAGCGGUUGCCACCGGCGACGCGCGACUGGACGCUCCGAGACUUCGUAGAGGCGACCUUACUGGUGUGCGGCUCACCAUUCACUGUGGGCGUUGCUGAGGAGGACCCUACCUCACCAUCCACAGUGGAGACUCUUCAGCCAUCCCUGUCGCUCUGUCGCGCCAGCCCCACCUGUCAGCGAGCAAACCCCCGCGCCAGCCGCUUUCCCAGAACCCACACAGUCUACUUCUCUGGAAUAUACAGUACUCUGGCUUUCUCCCAUUUUAUGGAGGACUUGCAUAGCCAGCUGACCACAGGGGAGCAAUCUGGAGGUAUAGAAAAGCCUCAUAAUGAGUCUCCAGUGGAAAGCCCCCAGCCACGGUCAGUACCCCAGUUUCAUGAACAGAAUGAGGCUGCACCAUCCAAAACGAGGCGGCACCAUUCACAACAGCCUAAACGACUCAAGAUUGAGAGAAAGCGUCUCAAGUUACAGAGGAAAACUACUCUUGAAGGGGUCAAGUCACCAAGGGCCUCUGGUAGUUCUGAAUGUCUUGAUGCUAAUAUGAGGCAGUCUGGUGAAAUCCCAUCUGGAACUUCAGGUGCACCAUCCUGUUCCAUGGUGGAGGCAGUGGAAGGAACACCUAAACAAAAGAGCGAGCGUAAACCUCAAAAGCCAGGAAAAUAUGUUUGCUCCUACUGUGGUCGAGCUUGUGCUAAACCCAGUGUGCUUCAAAAACACAUUCGAUCCCACACUGGAGAGAGACCCUACCCUUGUGCACCAUGUGGCUUCUCCUUUAAGACUAAAAGUAACCUUUACAAGCACAGGAAGUCCCACACUCAUAGGGUGAAAGCUGGUUUGGCUGGAAACAGGGAGGGACCAAGUAUGAGUUGUUCAGAGGAGCCUGUUACAGAAUCAGAUGAAGAAAGCCAACCAUCUUCCCCUUACAUCUUAGCAAAACAAAGGAUGUCCAAUCAAAGGCCAAAUACAGCAGAAAGGUGCUCUGAGGGACAGUUAAUAGGUUUAGAUGACUCUCAUGCAGUUAAAAAGAGACUUGCAAUGAGACUUAGCAGAGGAAGACGUACACCUGUAGGAUCAUCUGAUGAUGCAUCAUCAUCAUUUGGUCUUAGUAGCAAAGGAAGCACAGAGUCUGGCUAUUUCUCUCGAUCUGAGAGCACAGAAGUCACUCAAGACAGCCCGCAAAACACAAGUGUCAAAAGCUAUGCAGAGGUCAUCCUUGGUAAGUUUGGUCGCCUUGGCCAUUUACAAAGGAAUGCUCAUCCACAACAUGUGCAUCCUGCUGGGCAAGAAGGGAAAAUAAUUCCAUUCACUGUACCCAAAAAGCAAGUAAUUGACCACAUCACUAAACUCAUCACAAUCAAUGAGGCUGUGGUAGACACCAGUAAGAUUGACAGUGUCAAACCCAGAAGGUUCUCACUCUCAAGGAGAAGCAGCACAGAGUUGAAACCAUUCUCCUCUAAAGAGCCAUUUCUUUAUAGUUCAAAAGAAAUAGAUGUGAGCUCAAAGAGCAGCGGCUCCAUUACUCUUGGUGUACCUUGUGAGAAGUUUCAGCACCAUUCUGUCAGUAUCCAACAACCUGCUGAUCCAACAUCCACUGCCCCUCUUCUAAGAAGUCACUCCAUGCCCUCAGAGGCAAGUGUUAGUGAUGUGUCCGAAACUUCUCGCAGCCUUCGCCUUAGCCAAUCCUUUGAUGACCAGCAACCAAUUCAAAAUCGGCGUCAUGGUAUGCUAAGACGACAGACUGCCAUUGAAUUGCCUGUCGGGGCUGAAAUUACUAUGGAAGAGCAAACCUAUUUUAGCUCACCAUUUCAUCCCUCUGUUUCUACAGUGCCUGAUCACAGCCAGAAAAAAGAACCAUUUGAGUGUGAUGCAUGUGGUAUAGAUUAUAAUGACUGGGAGAUAUAUCAAACACACAAGCAACACUGCUGCAUGGCUCAUCUCUCUCGACCAACUGAAAUUCCAGUCUGUCAAGUGGAAGAACCCCAAAAAACACUUACAUCUCGUCCUGGUACUUUUGCAUUUCGAAAAAGAAGAAAAGAAGAAAGUCUUGAACUUGAAGAUCCUUCUUUAUCAUCAGUUUCUUUUACACCACUGAAAGGGUAUACAACAUCUUGUGAAAAGCCUUUGAAAGGGACCACUGGAUUAAGUAAAGAACAUGGUCAAGAAGCUGCUUUGAAAGGAAUAUCAGUCAUACAGCAUACUAGUUCAUUUGAGAAACAUGAUAGUACCUUAAAAACUCCGGGAGCAGAUGAUGGCUCUCUUGAUGUCAGUCACUCUUCUCCUCAUUUACAAUCAAAGUUGCAGACAACAAAACCAACCUUCCGUAAACUUGUACGCCAGCACAAUGUUCAAGUGCCAGAAAUACUGGUCACAGAAGAUCCAAACACCAUGGCAGUAUCACCCCCUCCAACUGUCCCUAAAAUAAAGGAUGCUGGAAAAGUCUUGAGUGAGUUUCAAUGGCCCCAAAGAAGUCCAACUUUGGCCCAGCUUCCAAUUGAGAAGUUGCCACCUAAAAAGAAGCGCCUCCGUCUUGCAGAAGCUGCCCAGUCCUCAGGGGACUCAAGCUUUGAGUCACUUUCCCUGCCUCGUAGUCCGAGUCAAGACAGUUGUAUGUCUCACACCUCCAGUCGAUCAGCUUCAUUUGAGGAGUCUUGCAAAGCUGAUGCAGAUGUUAUACCAACUAGGAGAUCACGGGCCAUUCAUACCUUGACAGUUCCCACAAGUUCUCACAGAGAAAUGCGACGUUCUGCAUCUGAGCAGGCACCCCAUGUUCCUCAACCUGCUAACCUUAUCACAGAAUCUCGCAGUAAGUCAUUUGACUACAGUUGCUUGUCCCCAGAUCGGACCCCUGCUGGUUGGAGAGAAAGGCGGAAAUGCCUUCUAAUGAGGCAUUCUGCGGUGAGAGAACCUGAGGAGGAAGACCAACCUUCAAAAGUAUUAAAUCCAAUCUCGCCUACUCAAAGAACUAGUACAUACCCUAGCCACAGCCCAGGCAUUUCCCAAAGCCACAGUCCAACCACUUCCCAUUAUAUGUCUUCAAGCAGUACUGUGCACUCAUUUGGUGAAAAACAGAUCAUGCUGUCACUGAAUGUUUUAUCAGAGAACGCCCCACAUAAUGUGAUGCAAUUGACCUCAUUGGUUCAUAAAGAACAGCACACAACAGUGGGAAGUACGCUUUAUCCAUCAGGUGCUGCCAGAGCUCAUUAUUCUCCAGUGUCAACAGGACUUAAGCUUGAGAUUCCUAUGCAAAAAGACAUUGAGAAUUCUUCUACAAGGCUCAGCCAACCAUACCUCACUCAUCGCCAUCAUCAGCAUCUAGAUUUCGAUGUCACUUCAAGACCAGAGCGGCUAAGGCCUUUACCAGUCCCGAUAAUUCCAGUACGUCUUAAUUCACACCUCCUCCCCCAUGCUGGCUCCAUUUAUACCACAGUUUCACAAAUAUUUGGUGUGAGGCCUCAAGAACCUGGCUCCUCUGGUGUCAGUUCAGUUGCAGUGGUUUCCAAGUAUGAAACCAUAGACCUGCAAUCAAUGUGUGAUGUAUCCAAAUCUGCAAAUGCUGGGGUGAACAAACAUGUGCUGUCCCCAACAAACAAUGAGGAGCUCAGUCCAGAGACUGAACAACAACAGAAACGAGUUAAAGAGGAGGAGGAGGACAAUAACCGGGGAAAGGAAUGGGGAAAUUAUGACAAUUUGAUUGAAUGCAAGAAAGAGGGAAGAAUGUGUGAGCAAAGUGUCAUCUUUCCAACAGACAACAAAGAACCAGCAUGUGCUACUCUUAACACUAACCUUACAUUUAGAUGGUGCUAUCUAAACUAUAUAAAGCCCAAUCCAUCCAUCCAGAGUCAAGACCAAAACUCAGUUUAUUCCUCAUGGUCUACAAGCACUCAAAAUCCUUACCCUCCUGGCCUAACAAGCAAGGAAAUGCUGUCCCUCUUGCACUGCAGACAAAGACAUGAACCACUCAUCUACACCAUGGCGGCCAUGUCACCCUCUCUGGAUAUAAAACAAGAGAUACCUGACUUCACAAAGCCAAAUGUUACUGAGGUAUAUGCUACUCAGCCCACAGAACCGAAAAAAGCCCUGCAAGCGGAGUUGACAGAGGUAGAAAAGGAAUCAAUGGAGGAGAAGGAGGAUCAACUGUCUACCUCCAAAUGCACCUCACGGGUACAGAUUUGUGAAGGAGGAUACAGGUCGAGUGAGGAAUAUGUGUAUGUACGUGGCCGGGGUAGAGGGCGAUAUGUAUGUGAGGAGUGUGGGAUACGCUGUAAGAAACCCAGCAUGCUGCGCAAACACAUACGACUGCAUACGGAUGCUCGACCUUAUGUCUGCCAGCACUGUAACUUUGCCUUCAAAACCAAAGGGAAUCUGACCAAACACAUGAAGUCGAAGGCUCAUGGAAAGAGAUGUCCAGAGGGAAUUGCUCCUGGACCGGUCCAAUGUGAGCUUGAGACAGAUGAUGGAGGUGAGAGAGGAAAACAUUUCUUUGAGACAGAGGUGGUGGUGGAGCAUCAGUUUUCUGAUGCUGAGGAGAGCGACCUUGAGGAGACUGAAGAUUAUGAUGAGGAUGAUGAACAGAUCUCUCGCUCCUCUGCGUCCUAUGUGAGCAGACGUCUCUCCAGUGAAAAUCACGAGCUCUCAGGCCUCUCCAACCCCGGCUGGGAGCAGAAUCCCACAGUCCCUGACAGUUUGAGUCCCAGGAGGCCAGGACACAAUGGAGAAGCUGCCUCACCUAAGACCACAAAGUCCAUAGUAACGCUUCCACAUCUGGAACCCACCACAGGGAGAUGCUCAUCCCCCAUUCGCAGCCUCUCUCCGGAUCUACAAAUGUCCCCUGCUUUGCCACAGUCUCCUGGACGAGAGCUGUCUCCUUUACGCUGUCCCUCUCCCAGACUUAGUCUUGCUCCAUCUUGUUGUCAGUCCUCACUGUCUCCUAUAAGUUGUCCUACUUCAGCGUUUCCUGAGAGACUUGUGUCCCCCAUCAUAGCCCUUUCCCCCAUACAUCCUUCAUCGCCAAGUUGUCCAUUUGCCUUGACCGUUGGAGCCAGUGUAACUAUUCAGUACCAAGUUGACAGACCCAGAGAUUUAACAAAGGCCUCACCCAACAGACUGAACCCCAAGACUAAACUGGAGAAGACACACAGUCCUCAGAGAAGGAUGAACAUGGCACAAUCUUGGCCUCCACCACACGGCCGUCUCUCCAGGAACCUGCAGCCCAGGGCAGGCCAGCUAGUGUUAAGCCACCUGCCUUUGCACUCCCAGCCCCAAGCGACAAUUCCCAAUCUUAGCCUCACUAUUCCUAUAGGAGGAAUCCAGAUGGUCCAGCCACGUUCCAAUAUGCUCCUCAGAAGCGCAUCUCUGAAUCGCAGUGUGGCUCAGAUGAGGGUCACAGUGCUGAAGACAGAGAAAGGGGCUGAAGGGAGUCCUCCAGUAGAAGUUCCUUAUCAUAAAAAUCAUCUGAUAGUGUUCACGGAGCCGUCCGUGGAGAUGAGUUCAAAAAGUUCUGACACUUCCUCAGAUGAAGACAAGGAGCAGGUACAGGAAGUGGUUCCUACGGAGGUUGUAUUGAAAAACAGGGUGGUUCCAAGUGUUCCCAUGACAACUUGGAAGUGUAUCUCUCAAGCAAAGCAGAGAAAGCAUUCUCAUAGUCCUAAGAAACCACAAUCAGCAGAUAGUCCAUGAACACUAAGAGUUAAAGGUUAACCCAGAAAUGAACAUUCUGUAAUCAUUUACAUGUGCAUUCCUAUCUUUCCACACCUGUGUGACAAAAAAGGUUCACAUUUCUCUUUUCCAUACAAUGAAAGUGAAUGGGAAGUAAUGCUCUUGAACCUCCAAAGUGACAAAAAGAACCAUAAAAUAUCAUAAAAUUUAUCAUGUCUUAUUCACCAUAUUCAGACCAAAUUAGUUUUUCACUGAAAAUCUUUCCCUCCGCUCUAGAUUCCUAAUCUUUGAAUAAAUUGCAACAAAUAAUGUUGUCCGCAAUGAUAAAAAAGAGAAAUCUUCGAAAAUCUAGUUUAAUCCUAUAACACCGCCUGUAUCAAAUUUGAUACACUAAAGCCUGUGCAUCAACAUAAUACAAAUUUAGCCCAAAAAUAUAUCCUGUUUUCUGCAAUGUACUAGAUGUCAGCUGCCACCUAGUGGACGUUUCCGGGCACAUCUUGAUGCAAAAAUAUUUUUAAAAUGUUACAGUAUUUAUUAUAUUGUUACUGAUAUUUUAAAAUGAGUAUUUACUGAAUAUAAGCAACUUGUGCUUGGCUAAAUGUUUGUAUAUUAUUUUAUUGUAAAAGCCUGUUGAAAUUCAUGGAUCAAAUGUGAUACAGCAGGUAUUUGAUUUAUAUCUCUCAAUCACCAUUACAUUCAUGCCCACAAAAAAAUAAGAAAUCUCAGAGCUUUAAAAUUCUGACAUGCUAUUUAUACAAUAUAUUUAAAGUGUGAACUAUUUUUUCUGUGUAUUUUCACAUAUGCUUUAUGUUCUGUCAUUAUAAAAAAUCUCAUUAUUUUACAUUACAAGCUAUUAUGAUGUCAUCUUACCAUAAGUUCUAGAGACUGAGCAAAAAAGUUUUACAAUUUCCUUUUUUUAAAUGUCAAUACAAUGUUUGGUGCAUAACAUUUAUAAAUUCAUAUGAUAAAAUGGUUUAUUGAAAAAAGAAUAUAUUUUUCAUAUUGUAUUUGAUGUGCUGAAUUGAACUGUGAUACAUAUUAAUCCAUAUUUAUAGCUCAAGGAGAGGAAGUUGUCAUGGCCAAACUCUCAAACAUUUGGUCUCUCUGAAAAGCCCGAUGAGUCCUCAGAUAAUACCCCAAGAUGUACCACUGUAGCACGUAUGGGCGAAGAAAAACUUUUAGAUUUUGUUUUAUCGUUUGUCUAAUGGUACUAAAACAGUUUAAUGUAAAAACAAAUCUGAAUUUUCUAACAAUUAUUUCAUAUGUCAGGCUUUACAGGGUUAAAACACAGGUAUCAAGUUUGUAAAAAUGUAACAUUUGUGUCCAUUGGUUUCAUACAUUUUUGAAAAACAAAAAUAGCAUUUUCUAUAAAAAGAAAAAAUAUUGAAUCACUUAAUGUCUGUUGCACUUUA